CAUUGUGAGGAAAUACCUAGCUUUGAAGUUGAAUCAAGGAUCAAUAGCUUUUAUCCUUUUUUAUAUAAUCAAAUAUUCUUCAACCUUGCCUUAAGAUUAAAGCAUAUUAAUCUCUACAUCUAUAUAACACUUUUUCUCUUAUUUAUUUUCCUUCUUACAUAUCCUCCAUGGUGAAAACUUGAAAUUUGGUCCCAUCUUCAAUGUCUCUCUUUUCUAUCACUGGUCCCAUAAAAUGUAAUAAUAGAAUAAUGUCAUUUUCUGCACUACCCUUUUCUAUUACCAAUAAUAAUUGUUGCAAAUAUAUUUCUCUUCCUAGAAAGCUACAUAGAAAUGUUGAUAUACAUUACAACUCUAUUUCUUCAUUUUCAUGCCAAACUUCAAUUCAUGAAAAUUUGUAUCCUAGAAAGCAGAGAGGGUUAUCUUUUAUUGCUUUUGAUUCUAAGAAGAACUCAGAACCAGUGGGAGAAGAUAAUGAUCAAGCCCUAGAUGCAGUUAUGAAACUUUAUUCUGCCUUCAAAAAUAAAAACAUACAAGAAUUGUCUGAGAUACUUGCAGAUGAAUGUAGAUGUGUGUGCAAUUUCCUCUCAUUCUUCCAAGCUUUCCAAGGAAAAACGCAAGUGUUGGAAUUCUUUUCUCAUUUGAUACGUUUAUUUGGUGACAACAUUCAAAUUGUGGUGAAACCCACUCUUCAUGACGGCAUGAAUGUUGGGGUCCAUUGGAAAUUUGAAUGGAACACUAUACACAUUCCUUUAGGCAAAGGUUUCAGCUUCCACAUAUGCCAAACUUACCGCGGAAAGGCAGUAAUAAAGAAUAUUGAUAUGUUUAUGGAGCCAUUGCUCUUCUUGGAACCCUUCAUGAGACUGAAAAUGAAGGCAAGUGUCCAAGAGAUCUUGAAGAUAAGUUCAUUAACAGGAUCAGAAUAUGGGAAUAAGGGAAAAAGAAUUGUGCUUGCUGUGAUAUCUCUGGUUGCCUUAUUAUUCUUCUUCAUGAAACUAGCUUUAUAAAAGCCUUGUCAUGAAUCAUGCCAUGGUCCAUUUGUUAACUUUAGGUACAUUUUUUUAUGCAAAAAUAAUUUUAUUAAUAGAGAAAAAAUAAAACCAUAGAAAAUAGAAAACCAAAGUUCAUGUAAAGAGUAAAAUGUAUUUCACACAUUUUCUAACAUAAUGAUGCAUGCAUCGAAUUAAGAUUGGACUACACAAAUUUUGACUUUGUAAAUUGAAUUCAAAAUACCAAAUUGAAUAGUAAACCUUGUAAUCUUUAAACUGACA